CCCCGAUCUUGGUCAGCCAUGAUGGCUUCAGUACGGGCGGGUGGGUCAUUGACGAAGAUGACAACGACGGUGUACGACGUCGUCUACGCCAAUGCCCCAUGUGCUGCGGGCUCGCUCGUCUCCCUCCAAGCCUUGCUCACUGGCAAUGCGACGGCGCCCAACAAUCUCCUCCACGCUUGCAACGGGACGGGCAAGGCGACGCUAGCGAGCGCGCCGAGCUUCCUCGACUAUUUCCCCAACAAGCAGUACAUGACGUUGCAGUCCGACCCCACCUUGGAGAGCACACUGCUCGAUAAUACGUGUAUUCGCAGUGUCAACAACGGCUCCGUAGUCGCCAGCUGCGCGAACGCGACAAUAACGACCUUCAACACGGCAGCCUGCACCGACGUCAGUAGCACAACGCCGAGCAGCACGACCUGCAGAGUGCAUCAUGGUCGGGCGCAUCUCUUGACAUUUGCUUCCGCCAACUGUUCGGGGCCGCUACUUCGAGCCGUCUACAACGUUUCGAUUGGCAACGCGUGGCCGACAACGUGCCAAGGCCGCGACCUCGCCGUUCUGGACGACGCAGUGCUCGCAAGCUACUUUCUACCGGGCGCAUUGUACGCCGAGGACAUGCUUGGAAGAAGCGUCGUCUUGGACCAGACGUGCGCGCCUGCACCCAGUGCGAACGACACUCGAGUCGCACCCAGCGUGAAUGGCUCGACAUGGCUCGUGGCCGACUGCACCGCCAACACAACAGCACUGUUUUCAGACGCCAACUGCUCAACGCCAGUGGUCGAGGUGCUGCCGCCACCUCGCGCCUGCAGCGUCCGCAAGGCCGCGCCACACCGCACUGCGUGGGUCAAGACGUACGCCGAAGUCAAUUGCACGGGCGCGCUGCAUGCCGCCGUUCGCAAGACAACUCUGGCACCAUCCACGGCCUUUAGCUGUGUCGGCACCAUCGCGAUCUCUCGCUCGCCACCCAACGCGUCCGAGUUUGCGGCCAACGCGCAAUACGUGGCGCUUCCAGCAAACGGUUUGGCGGAGGCGUUCUAUCUCGUCAACGACUGCGGUGGUGUUGACACUGGCUACACCUUUGCGGCCUGCAACGGCUCGAUUGGCACGGUCGCGCACUUUUCAGAGCACACGUGCACGCACGCAACGUCCUCAUUCACUGGCACUUGCAGCGUGUUGAACUUCGUGGCAACACUGGCGCCGACCCCGCCGCCACGCACAACGACCGUACGCCCGACAACAAAGCCACCGCCGUCGACAAAGCCAGCCGUAACGACCGCAGCGACCAGCGUAGCCAACAACAAGAGCGCACCCAAUGGCGCAAGCAGCGGCAUCACGGGCUUUGCUGCGAUCAUCGCGCUCCUCGUGGCUGUGGCACUGGGCGCCGCGUACUUCUUCUGGAAGCGGUGCCGCACGCGAUCUGCGUACUUUUCCAUCAACCAGCUCUCCGAGCAGUAGGAAUAUACAUCAAUGUCGUCUCACUACUGAGCUAAGUUGCCAAAGAAAUCGCUUCUUAUUGGCGA